CAGCUGGACGGUUUGGGAACACCUGUGAAUAUGAAUGUCAUUGUGCAGAUCAAAGCGAGGCUUGUGAAAGUGUCAAUGGAAAUUGUUCCAGUGGAUGUGCUCAAGGAUGGGGUGGUUCUAACUGUCAGAAACAAAUCGAAUUGUCAAGCUUGUCAGAAGUAUGUCCGGAUGGAAAGUUUGGUUAUAAAUGUAUUUACCGAUGUCGAUGUUACAUGAACCAAGCAUGCAAUAAAAAGACAGGAAAAUGCCCUGGAGGAAGGUGUGCGGAGGGAUUUUGGGGACCACGAUGUCAGCUUUCAAACAACUGCUUUUACAAUGGACAAGCCAUCAGUUAUAUGGGAACAGAAUCAGUGACUGAAUAUAAUGACACCUGUCAGAGAUGGGAAACCCAGGAACCGCAUAGUCAUGAUUAUAAAGUAACAGAUUUUCCAGAGCAGACGAUGCCAGAAAAUUACUGCCGAACUACCCCAGACUAUUUUCGACCCUGGUGUUUCACAACCAACGAAACCGUGAGAUGGGACGAUUGUUAUAUAACCAAUUGCAACUGUGCAGCUGGACGGUUUGGGAACAACUGUGAAUAUGAAUGUCAUUGUGAAGAUCAAAGUGAGGCUUGUGAAAGUAUCAUUGGAAAGUGUUCCAGUGGAUGUGCUCAAGGAUGGGAUGGUUUUAACUGUCAGAAACCGGUAUUUCCAGAUAUUAAAGUACGACCUACUGGAGACAGCUACACCAGCUACAAUGAGACCAACUCAGGAGAUCAUGUGAUACCCACGGGACACAACUUUACUAUAGAAUGUCAUGGUGCAUAUCCUUCAAAGCUUAUAGUUUUACGUAGAAGUAAAGUCAGUGAAAUGACUUCAAUUACCAAAACACUGAUUGGAUACUGA